AUGUCUCUUGGUGAUAAAGCAACGUUCGAGGUGUACUUUGAAGUGACCCGAGUGGUACGUAUGCCACAGAAUUCAGGCAAUGUUCAGGUAAAGUGGCGCGUGUCGAACGCUAGCCGCCCGGAAACCCGGGGCCACACCGAUUUCGUUGACAUUGCCAACAACCAGGCAACCUUCAACAAACAGAGCACAUUCAGCUAUCGCAUGUGCAUGGGCUCGGAAACAAAGCAGCUCAAAAGCGGCAAUUUGGUAAUUGAAGUCAUCUGGGCUCUUCCUGGCAUGUCGAAGGUGACUGUUGGCAGUGCGAACCUCAACCUGGCGCAGUUCGUCAACCGCAAAGACGAAAGCAUUUCUGUUUUACUCGACGGAUCACGGUCAAAUUGUCUGGUCACGGUCAAGCUCUAUCUUGACCAGAAAAAGGGACCGACAAACUACAAAGUGCCCGACAAUACGGCCAAGAUCGUCACUAGCGACAUUUCUACGGUCAUGGACGUCAACAAAAAGAAAAAAUCCAAGUUCUUCAAUCCCGAGUCGGUUGAGGAGAUCAAGAAAGAGUAUUUAUUACAUUGGACUGCGACGCCGUACCACAUCAACCCCAUCAACGCUCUGCAAGAGGUUGUGGCGGGUCGAGAUGGAUUCGCCGGUAAGGCAAAGCCCGUGGUGGCUGAUCCCUACACGGAACGAGAAAAGAACCAACCGUAUCAAGAAACAGACAUUAGAGAAAGCCUCAUGUCGUGGGCAUAUCCGUUAUGA